AAUGCCUCAAAGAGAGGGACUCACUACAUACAUGAAUAAGAGAAAGAGACAGAUUGUCCUUCCCUAAAAACACAGGUUUGAGUGGUAAGUUGAACUCUCCUGAAUAAGGCAAACGUGCUAAUUUAUGCAUAAAUGCUAGAAUACAAAAUGCAAAAUUAAUGGCAAAUAACAGUUGAGACACCCCUGGAAAUACACCGUGAAAAACAAAAUAUUAUUUUCAAGAACAGCAGUAAGCAGAACCACAGAGGACAGCAGUAGGAAGACUGCUUAGGGGUUUCAAGAAAAAAUUCUGAGAACUGUUACUCUAAGAGCAAAGACUUCAGAUGCAACAGCAUUAGACCCUUUGCUGUAGCUACAGUAGCACUAGUUGCAGCCACGGAAGAGUAGAAGAAUCAGUAACCUAAGCCCAUAACAUCCCUGAAGAUGUCAAUGAAUAAUUCUCCAAAUGUAUUCUUGGAUCCAAAUGCAAAUCGGUUUCAAGUUAACAUAAUUAAUGAAAGCCACGAUAACAAUGAAACAUCCCAAGAGGACGUGGGCUCUGACCCACCACAUUAUGAAGAAACAUCUUUUACUGAUGAAGCACAUAACAGACUGAAAAUCAGCUACAGACCAGGAAAGAGAGAAUUAUAUGACAAUUUCCUUCAAAAUGGGGAGAAAACAGAAGCUAGUUUACAUCCCUAUGAUACUCACAGUAAUAUGUAUUAUCUGCAAACUUUUGGCCAUAACACCGUGGACCCAGUUCCUAAAAUUGAUUAUUAUAGAAACACUGGCAGCGUCAGUGGGAAUAAGCUCAACAGACCAAGCUUAUUAGAAAUUCAUGAACAACUGGCAAAGAACAUAGCCGUGAACACCAGCUCAGUCGAGAGAGUGGCUAACGGAGAAGGCACUGCUGGAGAUGACACAGCAACCAGCAAGGAAGAAGAAAAUAAAACAGGAUUUGUUAAGUUCGGAUGGGUGAAGGGUGUGCUGGUAAGAUGCAUGCUCAAUAUCUGGGGCGUGAUGCUUUUUAUUCGACUUUCCUGGAUCGUAGGUCAAGCAGGAAUUGGUCUUGGAGUAAUCAUAAUUCUUCUCGCCACGAUGGUAACCUCAAUUACUGGGUUGUCAACUUCUGCAAUAGCAACUAAUGGGUUUGUCCGUGGAGGUCUCGGAGUCAUAGUUAUUGGUCUGAGUGUAGUAGUAACAACAUUAACAGGUAUCUCCAUGUCUGCCAUUUGCACUAAUGGAGUAGUAAGAGGAGGUGGAGCUUACUAUCUUAUUUCAAGAAGCCUAGGCCCAGAGUUUGGUGGAUCUAUAGGACUUAUCUUUGCCUUUGCAAACGCAGUGGCAGUUGCUAUGUAUGUAGUUGGAUUUGCUGAAACAGUUGUAGAGCUUCUUAAGGAGAGUGAUACGAUCAUGGUAGAUGAAUUCAAUGACAUCAGAAUAAUAGGCACCAUAACUGUUGUAUGUCUUCUUGGCAUCUCUGUCGCUGGCAUGGAAUGGGAAGCAAAGGCUCAAGUUAUUCUUCUAGUUGUUCUCCUUGUUGCCAUUGCAAACUUCUUUAUUGGGACAGUCAUUCCUACCAACAAUGAAAAGAAGGCAAGAGGCUUUUUUAAUUACCAAGCAUCAAUAUUUGCAGAAAACUUUGGACCAGAUUUCAGAGAUGGAGAAGGAUUUUUCUCGGUGUUUGCCAUUUUCUUCCCAGCUGCCACUGGCAUUCUUGCAGGAGCCAAUAUCUCAGGAGAUCUGGAAGAUCCACAAGGUGCGAUACCCAAAGGAACAAUGCUGGCCAUUUUCAUUACAACUGUUGCUUAUAUAGGAGUUGCAGUAUGUGCAGCCUCCUGUGUUGUACGAGAUGCUACUGGGAACGUCAAUGAUACAGUUGUAUCUGGAAUGAGCUGUAAUGGAUCAUCUGCCUGCACCCUAGGCUAUGAUUUUUCCAGAUGCAGAAAUCAGCCAUGUGAUUUUGGGCUGAUGAAUAACUUCCAGGUGAUGAGCAUGGUAUCCGGCUUUGGUCCUCUCAUCACAGCAGGCAUCUUUUCUGCUACCCUCUCAUCAGCUCUAGCAUCUCUUGUCAGUGCACCCAAAGUUUUCCAGGCUCUUUGCAAGGAUAACGUCUACAAAGCGCUCCACUUCUUUGCCAAGGGAUACGGGAAAAACAACGAGCCCAUCAGAGGAUAUGUUCUCACUUUCGUGAUUGCUAUGGCAUUCAUUUUGAUUGCUGAACUGAACACCAUUGCUCCCAUCAUCUCCAAUUUCUUCCUGGCUUCAUACGCUUUGAUUAAUUUCUCCUGCUUUCAUGCAUCAUAUGCAAAAUCUCCAGGUUGGAGACCUGCAUUCAGAUAUUACAACAUGUGGGUGUCACUUUUUGGAGCCCUGUUGUGCUGUGGUGUCAUGUUUGUCAUCAACUGGUGGGCAGCUCUUAUCACUUACGCCAUUGAGUUCUUCUUAUAUAUUUAUGUAACAUAUAAGAAACCAGACGUAAACUGGGGCUCUUCUGCACAGGCUCUUUACUAUAUUAAUGCCUUGGACAGCGCUCUGGCAUUAACUACGGUGGAAGAUCAUGUGAAAAACUUCAGACCCCAGUGCAUAGUAUUAACAGGAGCUCCCAUGAUCAGACCUGCUCUGCUAGACAUCACACAUACUUUCACAAAGAAUAACGGACUCUGCAUCUGUUGUGAAGUGUAUACGGGACCACGCAAGCUGUGUGUUAAGGAGAUGAACAGUGGCAUGGCAAAAAAGCAGGCCUGGCUUACAAAGAACAAAAGAAAAGCCUUUUAUGCGGCAGUGGCAGCUGACAGCUUCAGAGAUGGAGUCAAAAGUCUCCUUCAAGCCUCAGGCUUGGGGAGAAUGAAACCAAAUACGCUGGUGAUUGGAUUUAAGAAGGACUGGAGAAAUGCUACAGCUACGCAAGUUGAGAACUAUGUGGGCGUUAUACAUGAUGCAUUUGAUUUUGAGCUUGGCAUGAUUAUCGUCAGAAUUAGCCAAGGAUUUGAUAUAUCUCAGGUCCUCCAGGUUCAAGAGGAAUUAGAGAAGCUGGAGCAGGAGAGAUUGGCACUAGAAGCUACCAUUAAAGAUAAUGAAUUUGAAGAAGGAAAACAUGGUAUCCGUGGAUUCUUCAGAAAAACCAGCAAGUUCAAUAUCUCAAAACACGAAACAAAAAAGGAGAGCACCAUUAACACAAUACAGUCAAUGCACAUGGGUGAAUUCAAUCAGAAGCUGCUAGAAGCCAGCAUUCAAUUUAAAAAGAAGCAAGGAAAGGGUACAAUUGAUGUUUGGUGGCUGUUUGAUGAUGGAGGUCUAACAAUCCUAAUUCCUUACAUUCUAACUAUCAGGAAGAAGUGGAAAAGUUGCAAAUUAAGGAUCUUUACCGGAGGAAAAGUCAAUAGGAUUGAAGAAGAAAAACUCGUGAUGGCUUCACUUCUAAGUAAAUUCAGAAUAAAAUUUGCUGACAUUAAUAUUGUUUGUGAUAUCAAUAUGAAGCCCAGCAAAGAGAGCUGGAAAUUCUUUGAAGAGAUGAUUGAACCAUAUCGCCUCCAUGAAAGCUGCAAAGAUACAACAACUGCUGAGAAAUUAAAGCGAGAGACUCCAUGGAAAAUUACAGAUGCAGAGCUGGAAGCAUUCAAGGAGAAGAGUUACCGCCAAGUCCGUUUGAAUGAACUCUUACAAGAACAUUCUAGGGCAGCUAACCUCAUUGUCCUGAGUCUCCCAGUGGCAAGAAAAGGAGUAGUGUCUGAUCACCUGUAUAUGGCUUGGCUAGAAAUUCUCUCAAAGAACCUCCCUCCAGUCUUAAUGGUUAGGGGCAACCACAAAAACGUACUGACUUUCUAUUCAUAGCGAAACUUAUGUGCCUAGAAUAGCCCAUGCUUGAUUUCAACAUGCAUUUUUAAUGACAAUGCUUUAUUGAAGACACACUUAUGCAAAACAGAUCUAGAAUUUGACCUAUUAACAGAAAAUUUUUCAAAAAUCCAAGGCAGAACACAAUGGGGAGUUAGACAAGAAAAUGUGACUGGUCCCUACUGGUUUUACACUCCAGUACAGGCAAAAGAAGGAAAAUCUACCUAUGUAUCACAAGCCUGACAGCAUUUUAAAAACACACACAAGAAACCGCACUCAUUUUAUACAAUCUAAAAAUGCAUUGCAUUUUAUGCAAUAUAAAAUCCUUUUGAUACUUAUCUUAGAAAGCCAAAAGUAACAGCUACAAUACAAAAAGCAUUAAAUCUAUAAAUAAAUACUUCUUUCAUACCACAUUGUCAUAGUUGCUAAUAGACACAGAAGAGGAUUAAGAUACAAUGCACACACUUGAGAGAUAGAAAGAAACCUGCAUGGUAUCCAUCAAGUCAAAACCAUAAACAUAAUAGAAGUAGAAUACUUGCAGUGCUGUUUAAUUAUAGCAAUGCCAAAUUACUAUCUAUGCCAAAAGCACAUGCUUUUACCAAAAUUGUUUUCCUAAUUUAUGUUAAUUCAAAUGCUUUCUAAUCUGACAAACAGAAAAGUUAUGUAUACGAAAGUAAGGAUUCUAUAUGACAAGAGUUGAUAAUGAAUUUUCAAGCUCUGAUACAGAGUGGACUUAAACAUACGACUGCAAUAAUUAAAGGCAAUAAGUAAAUUUCAAGGAGAAAUUAGUGAAAUACUAAAUAUUCUGACAAUUUUUACUAUGAAUGUUGUACAUUAAUAUAACCUGAGAUUACAAAUUAGGGAUCAUAUAUAUAGUGAUUUACAUAAGUGAUUACAAAACAUAAUAAACUUGAUGUUUAGUCAA